AUGCACAAGCGCGCACAAACCACAUCAAGAUCUACAUCGGACAGGGAUGAGCUUUUGGGAGGCGCCAGUGGAGGCAUGGAUCUGGAUGCAGCAUCGAUGGAUCAGCGCACUCGUCUCUUGAACGGCACAGACAGACUGGCAGAGAGCAGCAGACGUCUGCAGGACAGCCACAAGAUUGCCCUCGAGACUGAAUCACUGGGAGCAAACAUCUUGUCGGACUUGAGAGGCCAGCGUGAGCAGAUCGUCCACACUCGCAACACGCUUUUGGAGGCUGAUUCCAGCAUUGACAAGGCAUCUCGCACAUUGAAGGGCAUGGCUCGUCGCAUGGCAACCAACAAGCUGAUCACGGCAUCCAUUAUUGUGGUUCUCGUUCUUUUGAUCUUGUUUGUCCUCUACAGCAAAAUCUUCGGACGUAAUUAA